UCCUUGCUGCCCCGGUCACGGCCGUUUUGAUGUUUUUUGCGUUGGGAGCAGGAAUUCCUCAGAGACAGAGUGCGGAGUCCAAAGAGUUUGACCACACCGUGAAGUUUUCCCACCGAGGGUCGUACCGGGUGUGUGCGGUGACUGCAGCGGGGACCAGGCGGCAGGAUGUGGGCUCGGUUGCUGGGUCGAGGCGGCGGGGCGGGCUGCGGGCUCCGGGUUGCCCGGGACAGUUUGCGGGUCGCUGGAUCCGGUUCUGCGGGGAAGCAGCCGCAGCAGCAGCAGCAGAGACGGGCUUCAAGUGCAGAGGCUGCCUUGAAGAAGACGCCGCUGUUUGACUUCCACAGGGAGCAGGGGGGGAAGAUGGUGGAGUUUGCAGGCUGGAGUAUGCCGGUCCAGUACAAAGACAGUCACAUCGUCUCACACAUGCACACCAGGGAGCACUGCUCCAUCUUCGACGUCAGCCACAUGCUACAGACCAAAGUCCAUGGCAAAGACCGGGUGAAGUUCAUGGAGUCUCUGGUGGUUGCAGAUGUUGGAGAGCUACAGGACAACCAGGGUACACUGUCUCUCUUCACCAAUGAAAAGGGCGGGAUCAUGGAUGACCUCAUCGUGACCAAGACAGACCAAGGCUACCUCUACAUCGUGUCCAACGCCGGCUGUGCCGACAAGGACUCGGCUCAUAUGAAGGCCAGACUAGCAGAGUUUAAAGCAGCAGGUUUGGACGUGGAUCUGGAGUUUCUGGAUGAGGCGCUGAUCGCUGUGCAAGGCCCGUCCAUGUCCCGGGUGCUGCAGGCGGGGCUGAAGGAGGACCUGGGCAAACUAACCUUCAUGACCUCCACCUUGGCCACAGUGUUUGGCGUUCCUGGCUGCAGGGUCACGCGCUGUGGAUACACCGGGGAGGACGGGGUGGAGAUCUCGGUCCCUCGCUCCAGGGUGGUGGAGCUGACGGAGAAGAUGCUGGCCAACAGCGAGGUGAAGCUGGCCGGUCUGGGUGCCAGGGACAGUCUGAGGCUGGAGGCGGGGCUUUGUCUCUAUGGCAACGACAUUGAUGAGACGACCACGCCUGUAGAGGCCACGCUGGUCUGGACCAUAGGGAAGCGUCGGCGUCAGACCAAGGACUUCCCCGGCGCUGCCAUCAUCGUGCCGCAGAUCAAAGCGAAGACGGCCAGGAAGAGAGUCGGCCUGGUUUCCACCGGACCCCCCGUCAGACAGCACACACCCAUACUCAGCUCCGACGGCAAGGUCAUAGGUGAGGUGACGAGCGGCUGCCCCUCCCCCUGCCUGAAGAAGAACGUUGCCAUGGGUUACGUGGAUGCAGCGUUCGCCAAGAACGGGACCGCUCUACAGGUGGAGGUCAGGAAGAAAGCAGUGCCCGCCGUCGUCAGCAAGAUGCCCUUUGUACCCACCAACUACUACUCUGGAUAGGAGGGGGCACACACACACACACACACACACACACACACACACACAAAUAUUUACACAUGCGAAUAAACUCAAAAGCUUAAAGAAACAGGCGUGCUGUCAUGCAUGCAGGAGAGGAGACAGGCUCUCGUGCAACAGACAAGUGCAU